AUGACCGACUCUACGGUAGCAAACAACGUCUCAAACGGGGCCUCUUCCGCCUACGCAUCCAUCACCAGCUCUGCCCAGCGAGUGCUACCUGUAGCUUCCACCAUCGUCUCUGAAGCUACGGGCUUUGCUGCACUCUCGGAAACCUACAGCGACGCUCCGACUGCCCAACCGGAGCAUCCUGGUGCUUCUUCCACAGUGCCGUCUGACGAUCCAUCGUCAUCCACAGACCAGCCGGACGCAUCCGUGUUGGCACGUGACGACACGCAGGAAGAACUUGAGCGCGGACCGUCCUCGUCGGAGCGUCCACAGCAGAGCCAAAGCCAUAUCGGAACCGAAUCAGACAUCCCCACCACCGGUGGUGCCGGCACCACUGCUUCACCAGAUGACGACGUGAAAGAUGCCCUCGCGAAGGAGGGCCAGAAGCACGGGGGUGCGUCACAAGCAGCCGUCGGGGUGGAUUACUCGGAUCAGCCUUGCCCCACCGCCGACGCUCGCAGGGAAACCCCGACCAGCAAACCUGCCGAGGGUAAAACUCAGUUCGAUAGCAGAGAGCAACAGCUCCAUGGUUCCAGCGAGAACAGCAGCGCUAGCAGCGAUCCCAGGUCUGAAUCCACGGCUGCCACUUCUGCCCCCCAAGACGCAGAGAGCGGCACAUCAAAGGGCUCCAGUCUGAAGGACAAGUUGAAAGGCCAGGCGAAGGUGGUUGCUGGCAAGAUCACACGCAACGAAGAGAAGGUGGAACAGGAUUCAGCAGUAGCCGCAAUGUCCGACACUGCGGCGAAAGACUGGCAGCCGGUGCCCAUCUCGCUGGACCCGAUCUUCCGUCUGUCGUGCCCCGUCGAGAAGGCGCACGUUGUGGGUGACUCGGGCGAAGGCUUGCGCAAGAUCGUCCCCAUCUCGGCAGGUGGCACCAUGACAUCCACCACCGUCCGCGCAUUCGACGGUGCAGUGGGCAUGCCAGGAGGAAGCGACUACUUCCGCACCGACCGGUUCGGUAAGACCCGGCUAGACGCACGCUAUUUCUUCCAGCUCAAGAGCGGUCAUAACCUCUUCUUCCAGUCUUCCGGCAUCCGCUUUGUUCCGGAAACGUACGAGGAUCAGACUGCGAAGGAGAAGCUACUGGCGGGGCAAGACCUCGAUCCAAACUUGUACUACUUCCGGUUGAAGCUCAUCCUGGAAUGCGACAAUCCCGACCCGCAGGUUCAGGAUAUUGUCAACAAGAUCGUCAUCGCUAGCGCUGUAAGGCACCCGGACAGAGUCGUGUACCAGGCUUACGUUGUUCAGUGA